UUAUAAUAAGCGUCUGAUGAUACAGACGAAAAGGACUUUGGCCAACAUGGCUCUAGAACUAUUUCACUGGUUUAUCAUAGGAUUUCUCCUUAUUUUGCCAAUUUUAUACGAAUUAAGUGGUACAUUCAGGUACCACGCAAAGUUUGCACUCUAUUAUGCAUGUAUCUUCGGGAUAGCGACUGUAGUGUGUCUGUAUGGAUGGCUCAGACCCGGGGAUGUUAACAACCAUUGGUUUAUUCUAUGGGCAAUGAAUCAUGUGAAGAAUUUAUUUGGUAUUGAGGUGGAAGUGAGGGGAGAGGAAAACCUGAAGUCAGACAAACCUUUCAUACUUGUUAUCAAUCAUCAAAGCUCUCUCGACUGUAUCGGGAUGUUUGUAAUAUGGCCACAAAGAGGAUGUGCACUUAUCAAGAAAGAUUUAAAGUAUGCGGGGCCAUUUGGUCUAGCUGCUACUUUAUGUGGCACAGUGUUUAUAGACCGAUUGAACCGGGAAAAAGCUUUGGCCACAAUGCAAAACACUGCCAAGAUUAUUCAUGAGAGAAAUGUAAAAUUGUUGGUUUUUCCAGAAGGUACCAGAAAUCAUGAUGGUAGCAUGAUGCCAUUUAAAAAAGGAGCAUUUCACUUAGCUGUCCAAGCACAGAUCCCUGUGGUACCAGUCGUGUUUUCUUCAUUUUCUGAAUUCUACAAUAAAAAAGACAAAAAAUUCACUACAGGGAAAUUCAUAAUCACUUGCCUGCCAAGUGUGUCCACACGUGGCCUGACUUCAAAUGACGUCACAGAUCUCACAGAAAACGUGCGUAAACAAAUGCUGGACACAUUCAACCAAACAUCAUUUGAAGCAACACAAAAUAAACUUGCAAGCAAAAUAACAAAUGGAACAAAAUAGUGUUCCUAUAAUAGAUACAGUAUAUAUCAUUUAGUUUGUGUAUUGAAAGUUGCUACGAGCAGAAAUGUCACAUACUUAAUCUCAUCUUGAUUUAUUAAUGAAAGGUUACAGAUUACCAUAUUUGGUGGGCUGAGCAUGAAACUAUUGUAACUUGUAUGAAUAAAGAACAAGAUACAAUAGUUUCGUUCUCAGCUCUCACAAUGUAUGUUGCAAUUAUAGAGAUUUUGUUGAUAAACAAUAAACCAUUGGAUAAUUAGGAGAUUUUCUUUGUAACAAACUUUUAAGAAGUCAUUAAUUGUUUAGGGUAUUGGCUUUAGGAGGUUAUUUCUACUUCAUACUUCAAAGGCUUUGCUUGUUAUGUACUGUGCAGAUGGUUAGAAUUUUUUUAUUUCAUUUUUCAAAAUAUUUUUUUGUCCAGUGUGAAUGACUUUGUUCUGUUUCUUUGACUUUAUGCUAAUUUGUUGUGUUUAUGAAUAUGUCUGACAAUACUGCUCUACCUCCUUCAGUGUGUUCAAACCAGCAAAUUAUGUUUACUGUAUGCAUAUACUAUAAUGCAUGUUUCUGACUUUAAGCUCCUUAAUUAGAACUACUGUUACUCUACAAAUUUACUUCAGACUCACGAUUGUGAUGUUUAUUGAUUAAUUAACAUAAUUAUGUACUACCAUUUGUCAAUUUUAGGGCAUUUUUAUGUUCGUAAACAGUAACAUUUAGUAGAUAGUCUAAGCCAUAUAGGGAUAUGACUUGUUAGUUAUUUAAGAAAAUAUUUGCCUUUUUUUGCUAACCAUUGAUAAAACACUAUUUUAACAUUUUUGAAAACAAAACUCUGUACUGAACUGAUGUUCUUGUUUUAGUAAUUCUGAAAAAAAUAUGAUGUGCCACUGCUUCUUGUGUAAUACUGCACAACCUUGCAUUCUGACUCCAAAGAUUAUGAAGCUUGAAGUAAUCAUGACAUUGGUCAUUUUCAAAACUUUAAAAAUGCCCUGUCACUUGCUGAAAUUUUCAGAAAAGUCUGUAAACUCAGCUUCUUCAGUUUGAUAAAUAAGGAAAACAAAGAAAUAAGGAAAGCAAAGGAGGAAACCUUGGCAAAUAAUGAAAGCAAAGAUAAAUAAGGAAAUAAAGAUAAAUUAGAAAAGCAAACAUAAAUAAGGAAAACAAAGAUAAAUAAGAAAACAGUGAUAGAUGCAGAAACAAAGAUAGAUAAGGUAAGCAAUAAUUAUUGUAAAUAAGGAAUACAAAGAUAAAUAAGGAAAACAAAGAUAAAGAAAGAAAACAGUGGUAGGUACAGAAACAAAGAUAAAUAAGGAAAGAAGUGGCAAAUAAGAAAAACAAACAUAAAUAAGGAAAAAAAAGGUAAAUAAAGAAAACAGUGAUAGAUAAGGAAACAAUGGCAAAUAAGGAAACCAAUGGCAAAUAAGGAAAGCAAUGGCAAAUAACGAAAACAAAGAUAAAUAAGGAAAACAAUGGCUAAUAAGGAAAGCAAAGAUGAAUAAAGAAAACAAAUAUAAAUAAGCAAAAUAAGGAAAUCAAAGAUUAGUUAGGAACAUAGUGGCAGAUAAGGAAAGCAAUGGCAAAAAGCAAAAGCAAAAAUAAAUAAGGAAAACAAUGG